AUGUUGCACACACAGGAAGCCCCCACGUUAUACCCAUCGGAGGAGGAGUUUUCAGAUCCGAUUAGGUACCUGAGUUCCAAAGAAAUUAUCGGUAUCGGUGAACAAUAUGGAAUCCUGAAGAUCAAACCUCCCAGAGGCUGGCGUCCGCCUUUUGCCCUGAAUCCCGACACUUUCAAGUUCCAUACCCGGUUACAGACUCUGAGCGAGUUGAGUCUGACGAAUCGGUCAAGGCUCUUCUGGCUUAACGGAUUUAAUAAUUAUUUGAGGAUGAAGGGAAAAGAACAGCUUGAAACUGGUUUCGCAGACCUGAAGAGGCCUCUAGGAGAGCACCAUGGUUCUACAGGAGCCAAAAAAGAAGUUCAUUUAUACGACUUGUACGUCGAAAAUGAAGCUUACUCUUAUAAGGGGAAAUUUGAGGAUGAAAGCCUGUACCGGGAUUUUGUGGAGUAUGUCCAUUUUUUGAAGAAUAAGGGACAAGAGAGACCUGCCAGAACAAGCGUCAGCUGUCAGAUGAAGGACAUGUUUAGGAAGAAGAAAAGCAACGCUUGCGAGAAAUGCGGCAAGCUGGACGAGCCAGAUACUAUUCUCAUUUGCGAUGACUGCAACAGAAAUUUCCACAUGAGAUGUUUGGAGCCGGCUUUGAAAGAGGUUCCCGACACCGACUGGUUUUGUGACGACUGUUUGAAAGGCUCCUCUGCUGAAUACGGAUUUGAAGAGGACUUUGAGUCGAUCUACACCAUUCGCGAGUUUGCCCGUGAAUGCGACGACCUCAAGACACGAUAUUGCAACGAGAUGUUCAACGGAGAUAUGAAUCCCUCCGUGGAUGCGAUUGAAAAAGUCUUCUGGAGACUUGUCGACACGCAAGAUGAAGAGGAGGAGGAUUUCGAGGUCCGAUAUGGUGCCGAUAUCCAUAACGAUGGACCAGGUGAAGUUUCCGCAUUCCCAACAAGAUCGCACCCAUUCAAAGAAGAAUAUGACAGAUAUCUUGACCAUCCCUUCAAUUUGACAAACUUGCCUUUCGCAAAGGGCUCGCUCCUCAGCUAUAUCAAAGAGAACCGAGAUCAGAUAUCGGGAAUGACCAUACCCUGGCUGUACAUCGGCUCCAUGUUUUCGACGUUCUGCUGGCACAAAGAAGACCAUUACACGCUGAGUGCCAACUACUGCCAUAUGGGAGCCACAAAGAAAUGGUACGGGAUUCCCGCUGCCGAUUGCGAAAUAUUUGAGAGCGUGUGUCAUGACCUUUGUCCGGACUAUUUUUCCAAGCAGCCUGACUUGCUACAUCAGCUGGUGACGCUGCUAUCGCCGGACCGGAUAUCAGAACUGGUAAGACAAAAAUUUGGCCGGAAGAUUCGCAUCUUCUCUGUCAAUCAAGAGCCCAACGAGUUUGUGAUCACAUUCCCGAAGGUUUACCACGCGGGUUUCAAUUGCGGUUUCAAUGUGAAUGAGGCGGUCAACUUUACUAUGCCGUACUGGUUACGCUACGGGAAACAGGCCAUCGAUGAGUACAAGCCGGUAAAAAAGGAAAAUGUGUUCAAUCACUUCAAGCUAUUGCGCAAUAUCUUGGAUGAUUUACGGGCUAGGCAAGGAAUGCCGGAUGUUUGGUGGACCGACUUCGAGACUUCCAGCAUCUCCUCCAUGAUAAAGACUGCAUUUGUCGACUAUCUAACGGCAGUGCGCAAUUACAAGGCCAAGAUGUCCAGCAGAGAUAUUCAGUCUCUCCUCCACGGCUUGGAAGUUAUAGAUUACCAGAACUACAUUAAGUUGCGCGAAGAAGACCGCCCUUCCCGCCAGUCGGACAAAGUCGUUGGCCGCAAGGGAACAAUGAGCACCGAGGAGGAGGCCGAAGAAAUUAUUUGCAUGAACUGCAAGGCGUACCCAAAUUUCAAAUGGCUUGGACUGGACAUGCUGAAAGAAGCGCAACUGGCUAUUGACAAGUACAACAAAUCGCAAGAGUCGCUUUUGCCAACACCUAACCAUACCCCUAAGCAGGACCAAGCGUCUAGCUUUUCCAAAGAGGAGGACGGGGUGAUUAUCAUCUUAGACGAUGACGACGACGACGAGCCACCGGCAAGACGGCGCUCGACCGAAUCGGACGAAGAAGCACCUGUAAGGAAAUCGAGGAGAUUAGCCAAGAAGAGCGAUUCGCCUGUUUCUCACCCAAUUGACGAAGCAAAGCUGGAGUACGAAGCUAAUCUUAGUCUCUUGCGACGCAUAAAAAGAAGAAGGAAGCAGUUCCCAAACUAUGGCAAGGUCUACAUGUGUCUAAAUUGUCUCGAACAACGCCUGGACGACUUCGAGCUUGACCAGUUGAAGUACUGUGGAGCAGUGUUCCUGGAAAACGAGGUCGGGGAACUGGAAAAGUACCUUACUGACCAAUUGGGUGCUGAAGUUGAGAUUUGA